AUGAAGAUCCUUUCAUGGAAUUGUAGAGGCAUCGUCAAUGGACGGGUUAAAAAGCACGUGAAAGAACUGCUUAACACGCCCAAACCCGAUGCCCUCUGUCUCUUGGAGAUUCACUCUCCUAAAAUACAGGGUAUGAUUAACUUAGUUAAUCGUCUUGGUUUCACUAACCGUUUUCUCGUUGAGCCGAUGGGUUUUGCAGGAGGAUUACUUUUAUUUUGGAAACACGGGCACAUCAACCUGGAGGUGAUUGUCCACUCUUCGCAGUCCAUUCAUACGAGAAUCAAGCAAGGGUUAGUGGAUAUCUUUAUGACUUUUGCUUACGUUAAGCCAAAUCCGAUGGCAAAACAAAGAUUUUGGGAAAAUUGUAAGUUGUUGGGAACUAACAUUCAGGGCCCCUGGAUAGUCAUUGGGGACCUUAAUGAUAUUGCCUCGGAAGACGAGCAAUGGGGUAGCGAAGCCACUUGCAAUGCUAGCUUACAAAGAUUUGUGGAUGCUUAUAGUAGCUGUGGUCUUGUCGACCUGGGUCACUCGGGACCCAAAUUUACGUGGUGUAGGUCUGUGGGAAACAGGAUCACUCAGAUGCGUAGAUUAGAUAGAACUCUUUGGAACACCGCUGCCCAAUUGGCCUUUCCGGAGGGUAAAACUGUUGUUCUUCCUAGAUUAUGCUCGGAUCACAAUCCAGUCCUUUUUAUGGAUGUGGCAGGUAUCCCUUCGAACCAAAAUGUGCGACCCAAGAGGUUUGAGGCAGCUUGGCUGACUAGGGAAGACUAUGGUACAAUCUGGAGGGAUGCUACUCGCAUAAGAGAUCGAAACAUGGCGGAUAUCAUCUCAGAUAUCACGGAACAGAGUUUUUUGUGGAAUAGGAACGUGUUUGGUAACAUUUUCAACAGGAAGAGGCACCUUGAAGCGAGAAUCUUGGGGAUCCAGCAAGAGUUGGAUUACACCUCGUCGGCAAGGUUACAGGCUCUGGAACGAACACUUACUAAGGACCUUAAUGAUGUUCUUUAUCAGGAAGAGGUUCCAAUCGAGGAAGUCAAGAAGGCGGUUUUCGGUAUGAAGAAGUAUGGUAGUCCUGGUCCGGAUGGAAUCCAGGCUAUCUUCUAUCAACAUUUCUGGGGUGAGAUUGGUCCGGCCCUAACUACUAUGGUCAAUCAGGCCUUGGAAACCGGUACGGUUCAUAAAUCCCUAGCGCAAGCCUGCAUGACCCUAAUUCCAAAAAAAGAUACCCCGGAGACAGCGGCAGACUUCAGGCCUAUUACUUUACUCAAUGUGGCGUUCAAGGUUAUUUCCAAAGUCUUGGUCAAUAGGAUGAGACCCAUCAUGUGCACUCUAAUAGGGCCGCACCAGAACAGCUUCCUUCCUAGUCAGUCUACGCAGGACAACGUGAUCCUCACUCAAGAGAUCAUCCAUACCAUGCACAAACAUAAAGGUAAAAAGGGGCUCAUGGCGGUCAAAAUUGACCUCCAGAAAGCUUACGAUAGUGUUGAUUGGGAUUUCUUACAAGAAACGUUGGAGUGCUUUGGUUUCCCGAGAAAAGUCAUUGAUCUUAUCAUGUUCACCUUUAAAGAAAGCGAGAUUUCCAUCAUAUAG